AUGCACGGGACCAAGGGCCAGGCGUUCACGGUCGCAGCCUGCGCGGUGGAAUCCCUGUCGGGCUUCGUGCUGCUCUGCGUGUCCGCGGCGUCGUUCACGGCGUACACGCGGCUCUCCGCUGCUCUGAUCGGCGCCCUCCUGUUCGGGCGGGGAAUCGCGGGGUGGGCCGGCGUGACGCAGCGACGGCCCCACCUGCUCGCCCUGCACACCCUCGGAGGCGUCAUCGUGGUGGUCCUGACGUUCUCGCUGCUGACUCAGGUCGCGCGGGACGUGCAAGUCGAUUGCGCUAUCGCAGAGCUGUACGUCAGGGGCCGACAGGCCGAGUCGAUCCUGCGCAGCACCGCGCAAAACGAACUCCUCGCGUCCAUGACGGCGCGCAUGAACGAGCUCGAGGACACCCUGGGCCAGCUGCACAGCGGCGCGCUCGCGGCCUCGCAGCUCAAGCUCGACCGCCACACGCUGCGUCUGUCCGACCGCGACUACAUUCGCCGCAAGAUCGCAACCCUCAAACGCCGCGCCGAGGAGGUCGUGUCCGACAUGGUCGCGGGGCGCAGCAAGGGCGGCGGCGCGGACGCGGUCCGGCUCACGGACGCCGAGCGGGACGCGCUGUACAAGCGCUUCAAGCAAGCGGAGGCAAUCAUGGACCGCGCGGAUGCGAUACACACCGCGGACGACUCGGAGCUCAGCGCGGACGAGUACGAGGAGCUGCUGACGGCGCUGGGCGGGCUGUACGAGGAGCACACCGCGGACCUGCACCGCGCCGACGCGGAGGUGCGCGGGCAGAGGGUUGCGGCGCUGGCGGACCUCAAGGGGGAUGUCUCCGAGCUGAGUCAGGCCCGGGAGAAGAUCGAGGGCUUGAGCGGGGGGCGGCACGCGGAGCUGCGCGUGGGCGACGCCGGCGCGAAGCUCGCGGCGCAGUUGCGCAAGCGUUCCAAGCGCCGCGCUGUGUGGCAGAAGCGCUUUCACGACCUGAUGGGGAACGUGCGCGAGGAGGCGCUGGGAGGGGCGCGGGGGUCGCGGUUCGCGCCCGCGGAGGACAUGCCGGAGCACUGCGUGCGGGAGCUGCGUGCGCGCCCGGCGCUGGUGUGGGGCGCGUGGGUGCUGCUUGUGGUGCAGCUGGCGGCGAAUGUGGGCGUGCUGGGGCGCACGCUGAGCGGCGCCGUGGCGAGCAAGGCGGACUGA